GAGGAGCUCUGUUUCACAGUCAUCUGUGCUAAAUACCAGAGGAUUUGCCGCGAGUUUGGGACUUUUUUCUAACAGACAGCAGCUUUUACAGUGAUUUAAACAGGCCUCGCGAUCAGCUGUACCUUCACCUCGAAGUGAUCACACUGAAUGGACUGUGGUGUUUCGGGAGUCAGUUCUGUAACAAAGACUGGUGAAGCGGUCCUGUGUCCCCAGAUCCAAAACAUGAAUUUCCAGCAGCCAGCCCCUCUCAUCCGCCCUGUUCAACCUGAUGUGGAGAUGAAGCCUCUCCCCUUCUACGACGUCCUCGAUGUUCUGAUCAAACCUUCAAGUCUAGGAGCGACAACUACACAGAGGGACAAUCAGGAGGAAUAUUUUAUCUUGAAGGCAGAACAAGUUAGAAAACUGUUCGUCUCCCGAGAAAUUCUACCAGGUGGGAGAAUGAACUAUAAUGUUCAGAUUCAGCUGAGGUUUUGUUUAUCAGAGACAAGCUGCCCUCAAGAGGACAAUUACCCCAACAGUCUUGCAAUAAAGGUCAAUGACAAACUGUUUCGUUUGCCAGGCUAUGCAUUGCCACCAAAAAAUGGCAUGGAACAGAAGAGCCCAGGAAGAGCACUCAACAUUACCUCCCUUGUCAAACGCACAUCUUCAGUCCCCAAUAAAAUUUCAGUGACAUGGGCACCUGAAAUUGGAAAGAUCUAUUCUAUGUCUGUGUACUUGGUGAGGCAGCUGACGUCUCACCUUGUUCUGCAAAGACUGACAAUGAAGGGCACCAGCAACCCAGACCACUCCAGAGCACAGAUUAAAGAGAAGCUGACAGCAGAUCCAGACAGUGAGGUUGCUAUAACAAGCCUUCGAGUGUCUCUUAUGUGCCCGCUGGGUAAGAUGCGACUGACACUGCCAUGCAGGGCUGUGACGUGCUCUCAUUUGCAGUGUUUUGACGCUGCCCUCUACCUGCAGAUGAAUGAGAAGAAACCCACCUGGCUCUGUCCUGUGUGUGACAAGAAGGCCGCAUAUGAGAGCCUCAUCAUUGAUGGCUGCAGCAGCUGAGGCGAGGAGAGAGGCAGCAACAAGAAAACUGGAAGAAGGAGACCAACAACACCACCUGUGGAAAUCUUUCCCCAAUCAAGCGUCAUCAUAUCAGCAUUUCAUCAAAAGCACACAUGCUCCGACCUGACAAUGCAGAGGUGUGGCAAAAUCAUUGAAAUCAUUUAUGAAACAAAUGAGUGCAUCAAAAAUAAGAGUGGAGCUGCAAUGAAAGAGAAGUGAACUUUCUUCAGUUAACACAAAGUUUUCCCUGACAGGUGACAUUUAAUGAAAGUGACUUUAUUAGCACACACACAUUCAGAGGCAGUCUACAGGAGCAGAGCUGCCAGCUAUUCAGCAAAUGUCUCCCUGCAAUCCUCACUGCAAUACCUACAUUUGAAAAUGAAACCAGCUCUACUGUUCACACAUGAAAAGUCGUGUGAAUAACCAGUUUUCCUCAGAUCUCUGUUUUAGUAACUCUGAAGUCUGAACUUUGGAUUUUUGCAUUCUGUUUGUACUGAUAACUGUCAGUGGAUGAUUUUGAUCCCAAAGAAAUCUUUAACACACAUGUAGUGAUGGGACGUGUGCACUGAAACAAUGGUUAGGAAACAGAAAUCGCCUGAGAAUCUGCUCAUGUUUAAGAUUUCUUCUUUACAAACAUUUUCUGUGGCUGUUCCCAGUAUGACCAGUGACACAAAGCAUGGAAAAUGGGGAUUAGUUCAUUCAGACAAAUACACUUUUUAACAUGUAAAAAUAAAGAAAUGAAUCAAUAAAAUAAAAAGUCAAAGAAAUAAAAAAUAAGGGUCUGAGGCGUCUGUCUCACUGUAUCCAUGGCAACAAUUUACUUCCUGUUCCUUCAUAUCAGAACCACAUCUUUGAAAUCAAAA